CCUUCUGCGGCGAGAUGCCCGAGUCGUCGCUGGCACCCGCCUGCCCCGCGCCCGGCUGCCGGCGCGCCUCGCCCAGCCCCUACUGCGCGCCCACCCUCUACUGCGGGCUGCUGCUCCUCGCCCUGGCCGCCAGCUCCGUCAGGAGCAACCUCACCUCUUUCGGUGCCGACCAGGUGAUGCAUCUUGGUCGCAAUGCCACCCGCCGCUUCUUCAACUGGUUUUAUUGGAGCAUCAACAUGGGUGCUGUACUGUCGCUGCUGGUGGUGGCCUUUAUCCAGCAGAACAUCAGCUUCCUGCUGGGCUACAGCAUCGUUGUGGGCUGUGUGGGCCUGGCAUUCUUCAUCUUCCUCUUUGCCACUCCCAUCUUCAUCACCAAGCCACCCACGGGCAGCCAAGUGUCCUCUAUGCUUAAGCUUGCACUCCAAAACUGCUGCCCUUGGCUGUGGCAACGACAUUCCGCCAGAGACCCUCAAGAUGCCCACCUGCUGCCUGACCAGAGGUCUCCCCAGCCUUGUCCUUCCCACCAAGAGGACAUUGCCAACUUCCAGGUGCUGGUGAAGAUCUUGCCCGUCAUGGUGACCCUGGUGCCCUACUGGAUGGUGUACUUCCAGAUGCAGUCCACAUACGUCCUGCAAGGUCUUCACCUCCAAAUCCCGAACAUUUUUCCAGACAAUGCUGCCAACAACUCCAUGGCUCUGGGAGCCCAGGGCAGCGGCUACAAGAUCCCAGAAGCCUGGCUCCUCCUGGCCAACGUGGUGGUGGUGCUGAUCCUGGUCCCUCUGAAGGACCACUUGAUCGACCCUUUACUGCUGCAGUGCAAGCUGCUUCCCUCGGCUCUGCAGAAGAUGGCUCUGGGGAUGUUCUUUGGUUUUACCUCUGUCAUUGUGGCAGGAGUCCUGGAGAUGGAGCGCUUACGCUACGUCCAUAACAAGACAAUACCCCAGCAGAUCGGGGAGGACAAGUACUAUGCAGCCCCACUGUCCAUCUGGUGGCAGAUCCCUCAGUAUCUGCUCAUUGGGAUCAGCGAGAUUUUUGCCAGCAUCCCAGGCCUGGAGUUUGCCUACUCAGAGGCCCCGCGCUCCAUGCAGGGCGCCAUCAUGGGCAUCUUCUUCUGCUUGUCCGGGGUGGGCUCGCUGCUGGGGUCCAGCCUAGUGGCUCUGCUAUCCUUGCCUGGGGGCUGGCUGAACUGCCCUGAGGACUUCGGGAACAUUAACAACUGCCGGAUGGACCUGUACUUCUUCCUGCUGGCCGGCAUUCAGGCCGUCACAGCCCUCCUGUUUAUCUGGAUUGCUGGCCGCUAUGAGAGGGCAGCUCAGGGCCCAGCCUCCCAAAGCUGUUCCAGCAGGGAUAGGGGCUGAACGCACCGCCACCCCCACCCCCACGCCUCUCUCCGCUGGACACGGACAGCAGCAGUCCCAGCCAUGGUUUCCUUCUCAGUUUAUUCUGUACCCAACAAGAGAAUGAAAUGGUUCCCAUAAAUAAGGGGCAUAAGCUGUU